AGAGCUACUUUAGUCUAUGCCUGCCCAUGCCCGGCUAAACACAUGUGGUUUCAGUGAACUUGACAAAAUAACCUAAUUAUUAUUAAUUGAUUAAUAAUAAUCGUGAUAUAAAAUGUUGGUUCAGCGCGGACCAGUUCUUCUUAACUCCGGGUCCACGCUUCAACAGGAAGAAGAGGAAGCGCCCGAAAUAUCCCGUAUUGUGGAUAAUCUUCUAGAGAUAUCGUUAGUUCAGAACCAGGAGGCAAGGGUGGAGACCCGGGGCAGGGUUGAGACGAGGAACAAGGUCGACGCUGACGAGUUCAACGGGAACGGGUUGGUCGAGGAUGGAUACGGAACACAGGACGGAACAGAGACGAGUUCGAGCCGGAAUAGUUCGAUAAUCAGCGAGACCUCGGACGAUCCGGUGAACACUAGUGACGAUCUUAUUGUUGAAGUCGAGUUAUGGAGGUCGGAGGUUAGGGACGAGGAUGUUGAGUUGAGGAUACAAAAUAUAAAUUUACAGCUGGAAAAUUUAAAGAACGAACGUAAAUCUGCGGAGCAAGAUUUUUCUUGUGUUGAGAUAGACCUGGAGCAAACCAAACCUUCUGAAGCGAAGAUUGAUGAGAAUACACAUGCAGAGCAAGAUGAAGAUCAUUCAGACCAAGGAGCCAUUCAGACAAAACAUCAAGAAAAAGAAGAUGAAAAUACAUUUAGUGAAGAUCAGAAUGAAAAAAAAUCUACAGAAGAGGAAAAUAAAAACAAGUUAAAUGAUGAAACAAAGAUCGAGAGCAAAUUUACAGAAGAAAAUGAGAAAAAUCAGGAAGGGGAAUUUGAUAUUGAAAAUACAUUUGAAGAGAAAACAGAAAUAGCAGAAGAUGUCAUUAAACUAACAAAAGAUGAAGAACAUCUGAACAAAACAAUAGAAAGUUCAACUAUUAUUGAACAAAACGAAAGUUUGGUUCAAUUUGGUUCAUUGGAGUUAUUUAGUUCAACUUCAAAUGUUGAAGAAGGGCAGUUUGACGCUCCGCUAAACGUUGAGGAAGAAACGAUUGUUUCUCCGCCACUUAAAGAAGAAGGGCAGCUACUAUCUCAGCCAUUGGUUGAAGAAGGGCAGCUAGUAUCUCCGCCAUUUGUUAAAGAUGACACUCCGCCACUGAAUGGAGAAGGAAAGUUUGUAGUAUCUUCGCCAAUUAUUAAAGAAGAGAUAAUGUCUCCUCCACUGAAUAAAGAAGGGCAACUAGUUUCUCCGCCGCUGGUUGAAGAAGGGCAAAUUGUUUCUCCGCCGUCUAAUAAAGAUGAAACUGAGUGCACUAGGAUGGAUUGUUAUGAGAUCCAGCUGGAAAACAAUUUGGAGCUGACAAGAGGGGACGGAGGAAGAUUAGAUACUCCGGUCCGCCAAUCCAUCCACAGGGUCACGUUUAACACCAGGAACGAGGUUGCCUCCGAGGAUAAGGACGGGAGUCUCCUGGUCACCUACUGUCCUCUUGAGGAGAAAAUUAAACGAAGAGAACGGUCUCCGCUCCCGGGCAGAGAACCAAUCAAGGUCAAGUAUGUGGAGCGGACUGCUGCUCUCUCUACAGCUCCCAGGAUAAUAGAUUUCAAUGAUUCGUCCCUGCUGGAGCAAUCAAACCAAGACUUAAACGAUUCAAGUGAGGGAGAGGAGGGAUGGGAGAAUCCGUUCCAACCUGAAGGAGAGGUCAGCCAGGAUGCAGAUAUCAUCCUUCAGCUCUGGAAGGGAGGAAACCUAAACCAGGACCUGGAGUCAGCCUUUAACCAGGUUCAGGCGGAGAAACUACGGGUUCCGGAACCAGAGGUUUCCGUCCCAGCUCCGGAACCUGCUCCGGAGGAACCAGAAGAGGAAACUAAGUCUCCGGUUGUGGAAACAAGAUUAGUUCUUGUAGAGAAACCAAAACAUAAAAGUCUUCUGAAGAAGAAACAUUGCAGUCUGAUGUAGACUCUCCAGGGUACUUCAGGAUACUUCAUGGUUCUCCAGGGUUCUCCAGAGUACUCCAGGGUACGUCAGGGUACUCCAGGGUACUCCAGGGUACUCCAGGGUGCUUCAUGGUACUUCAGGGUACUCCAGGGUACUCCAGGGUACUCCAGGGUACUCCAGAUUACUCCAGGGUACUCCAGGGUACUCCAUAGUACUCCAGAGUACUCCAGAGUUCUCCUGAUUGCUCCAGGGCUCCCUAGGAUUCUCCAGGGCUCUCCAGGAUACUCCAGGAUACUCUAGGGUUCUCCAGGGUUCUCCAGGGUACUCCAGGGGUUUUUAAUGGUUAAAAGAGAGGAGAAGAUGCCCAGUGAAAAUAUAUAUUCUUCCCUCCAAAACUUUUAUAAUAAUCUGUAUCUGUACAUCACCAUCGUUCUUCAAACAAAUUUAAUCCAUUUCUCAAUUAUUCUCCGAUAUUUCUAAUCCAAGAACGAUAAAAUGUCUAUUUAUACAUAUAUACCGCAAAAUCCUUAAAGUAUACAAGGAUUUAUCAGUUUAAAGUGCUGGAAAGAAAGUAAAAGUGCUGAUAUAAAAGUGACAGUCGAUUAAUUUGUGUGAUAUUUGGAAAUUAUGACAAAAUCAAGAUAAGUCCUAAUAUAAACAGAAAGACUGAUUGAAAAGAAGAAAAUGUUGACGAAAAUAUCGUUAAAUCAAAAAUUUAGCUUAGACCUGGCAACCCCAAAAAUUUAAAUAAUUUCCAGAUUAAACAACUUUUGGGGGGAAAUUUUUCUUCUUAACUUUUUCCCAAAAAACGGGUUGCCCACUCUUCAGUUAGUUUUGGUUUACUUAACAGAGGUUUUUUUUGGUUUAGUCUGGUUUCUAAUGUUAUGAAAAGAUUUCUGGGAUGACAUCGUGUUUUCCAAGGUAAAAGUUUGCACAGUUUUUGCAAAAAUCAGAAACAUGAAUUGAACUCAUGCAAUGCUUGGGUGGAGACGUCAUCAUUUGCAACCCAUUUAGGUUGUUUUGUAAUCGGAAACGGGGAAAGGAAAAGUAAUUGUUUCGGGAUAAUUGAUCAAAAAUGUUUUUUCUUCUAGAAAAAAAGUGUUGGUUAACCCCGGUUUGACGCAGAAAUUCUGCCUUGGCGUUGAUUUCUUAAUUAUUGGAUUUUUAUAAAUUUGCACAAAUAGUGGAGGGUUAACUUUAACUUUCGUAAACCAAAUAUUUUCUUUUUUCUUUUUCUCUUGUUUAUAACAUUUAUAACAACCCCUGAACACUAAACAGCCAUGACAGAUUAAAUGUGUCAAGAUGUCAAAAUGUUUAAGUGGAAACGAUUAAAAUCGGGAGUUUGAUGAAUUUCUCCCACAAACGUUUCUAUAAUUUUCCCUCCAAUAUUUGACCGGACUAUUUCCUUACUUCUUGUCAGUGCAUAAUACUAUCUUAAUAAUGCUACUCAUACAUUUUUACUUUUAUUUUAAUUGUUUAAUUUUACUUUAUUUAAAGUGCCAUUUAUCAUCAUUAAUGUAAUAAUGACAGUUUAUCAAAAACAUUAAUUGUAUUAAUGUAUCAAUGUAAAAAUAUUUGAAUUUGAAAUGAUUUACCUCUUGGCCUCACCAUCAGACAAAGGCCGAAUUAUAACUCAUUAAAAAAAUGAUUUUCAAAAAGUUUAUGUUCAAGUUGAGUUGAUGUUAAUGUUGAUGUUUUAAAUUGAAAAUUUUGUAUUCGAACCGGCUGUGAUAAUAUAUAGGAACACUGUACUGUUAAUUCAGAAAUCAGUUAAAAUAAAUAUUCAAAAAAUA